AUGUCGCAGAAGAGGCAGCCGGAUGAGAGCGACGGACCCCGGCGCGCCAGCGGCGGAGGAGGCGAGCCCGGUGGGAGCUCAUCAUCAUCCUCCCUGCCCCAGCGCCCCGGCGAGCCGAAGCGGCAGAGGAUCGCCCUUCGCGAUGUGAUCUCGGAGGUGAUGCGGAACACCAACAUCGAGAAGUUUUUAAUUGCGCUCGAGCCCCUCAUCAGGAGAGUGGUAAAAGAAGAAAUUGAGUCGGCUUUUGCAAAUCAUGCCUCUAUGAUGGCAAGAAGUGUCACAGACAAUGUUCCAUGUGUUUCAAAGAAUUUGCAGCUGCAGUUCAUGACUAGACUUUCUCUCCCAAUAUUUACUGGAUCCAAGAUUGAAGGAGAGGGCUCCUUAAGUAUAACUAUUGCUCUAGUCGACGCUUUGACAAGACAAAUUGUAGCACCAGGCAAGGAGUUCCAGAUAAAGGUCGAGAUUGUAGUUCUGGAGGGGGAUUUUGAAAGUGGAGAAGAUGAUGACUGGACAGCUCAGGAAUUUAACAAUAACAUUGUUAAAGAAAGAGAAGGCAAAAGGCCCUUGAUUUCUGGGGAUGUAUUCAUUGCCCUUGUUGAUGGCAUUGGAACAGUAGGGGAACUUUCUUUCACAGAUAACUCCAGCUGGACACGGAGCCGAAAGUUCAAGCUGGGUGCAAGAACUGAGGAUGGUUGUUUCAAUGGUGUAAGAGUACGGGAAGCAAAAACUGAAUCAUUUGUGGUUAAGGAUCAUCGAGGAGAAUUGUACAAGAAGCACCACCCACCAUUUCUUGAAGAUGAAGUCUGGCGCCUGGAGAAAAUUGGCAAGGAAGGUGCUUUUCACAAGCGUUUGAAUAGAGAAAGCAUUUGCACUGUCAAAGAUUUUCUCACCUUAUUAAAUCUUGAUGCUUCUAGGCUUCAAAAGAUAUUAGGUGGUGGCAUGUCAGCAAAGAUGUGGGAGGCAACUGUGGAACAUGCAAAAACAUGUGUUCUAACUGACAAAGUGCAUCACUACUAUCCUGACAGUCUAAACAAAGCUGGUGUUGUAUUCAGUGUAGUUGGAGAAGUAAGAGGUUUAAUAUCUGAUAAAUAUGUUUCUGUUGAUGACCUUACUGAAAAGGAGAAGGCUGAAGCACGUGCAGCAGUGAAGCAAGCAUAUGAACACUGGAAGGAUGUCUUUACAUGUGACAAUGAAACGCUUGUGGAGAACCCUUCACAGCCAUUCAAUAUGAGAUCUCCAUCUUUGCGUGAAAAUCAAUAUAACCAGUUUCCCACGCAAGUUUCUACUGAUGAAUUUAGUUUGAGCCAUUCGACCAUACCAUCACCUGACAUUUUCUCAAUGGAGCCAUCAAGUGCUUUAGACCCUUGUGUAUUGGAGACCGAAGAAACCAGUGCUAAUCAAUUUCAGUCGGUGUUGCCCCCAGUUGGGGGCAAUGAAGUACCCCAAGAAUUUCAGUCACUGGAUAAGUUCUCCAACUCUUUGGUAUAUGAUGACUGCACCACCCAUCCCUCACUCAGUGAAAGCUAUUACAGCAGUGUAGAUCCCAGCAUAUCCUUUGACACACAAGAUCUUGGAGCUGCACUGAAAGGCUUCAUUGCGACCAUCUCAAAGCCUAAGGCGGCAUAUAGAGGAUGGAGAACAUUGUCUUAUGUUCUAGGAUGGAUUUUCUAUACGAAGAGAAUUGUUGCAAAGAGAAAGAAACAUGGGAAAUAA